CGCACAACCCAGCCCGGCCACCUUGGCCGCCCGGGACCGCCAGACAGGCGGACGGGCUUAGCCAAGGCCGCCCCCAGAGGGGCGGGAGGGAGUCCCGGCGCGCCCCCCCAGCCCCGGUACUCUGUGCCUCCAGCUGAUGGAGGGCGGCGGGCCUGCCCCCGGGAGCAGGUGACACGCACGGGUGCCAGCCCGGGCGGGAGCCUGGGGAGCAGGAGGAGGAAGAUGGCCCGGGAGUUGAGCCAGGAGGAGCUGCUGGACUUCCUGUGCCAGGCCGGGGGCCGGGUGACCAACGCCGCCUUGCUGGGCCACUUCAAGAGCUUCCUCCGGGACCCCAGCUUGGCCCCGGGCCAGCUGCAGCAGCGCCGCGAGCUCUUCAAGAGCCUCGUCAACUCCGUGGCCGCCGUGCGCCAGGACCCCGACGGCACCAAGUGCGUGGUGCUCAAGAAGAGGUACCGGGACCUUGUAGGGGAGGAGGGGCUGCGCGGGCCCCGCUGCGACCCCCAGCCCGCUGCCCCGCAGCAGCGGCCGGGAGCCGCGGCCGCCUCCCCAGGCAGCCGGCGGCGGGCGCCACGGCAGCGGCAGCAGCCCCAGACCCCGCAGCAGCAGCCUCGCCCUCAGCCUCGGUCCCCGCAGCAACUGCCCCAGCCCCCGCAGCAACAGCCCCAGUCUCAGCCCCGGUCCCCGCAGCAACAGCCCCAGCCUCAGCCCCGGUCCCUGCAGCAACAGCCCCAGUCUCAGCAAUCCCAGUCUCAGCCUCAGCCCCAAUCCCAGCCUCAGCCGGCCAGGAGGCAGCCUCGGGAGAAGGAACCAGAAGCUGAGCCGUCAGGUGCAGGAGCCACAGCCCCGGAAAUAGAGUGCAAUGGGCUCUGGGCCAGGCCGGGGGAUGCUCCGGAGUCCACCGAAACGGGAAGAAAGGGAGUUGAUUGCAGCCCUGGGAGGCUGGAGGAGGCAACCGCUGCAAGCCCUUCACCCCAGGCUAGGGGCUGGGCUGCUGGAGGGGCUCAAGGUGGCUGUCGGGAGUGUGGCCAGGAUAGCCCUUGGGCUGGCUCCACAGAGCCACACCUCCUCUCACAUGGGAGCCCUCCCUUGGAAGAGCAGCAGACCCCGGAGCCCAGCUCAGAGGCACCACUCGAAGGCACACUGCACUCUAGCUCUGGCUCAUCCAACAAGUCCCCACUGUUGGCCACGGAAGCCUUCAGGACAUCAAGGAAUAGCCGUUCCUUGGCAUCUCUUGCUUUCCCUGGAGUUGGGCCAGAACUAUUGACCCUAAGUGGACCACAUUCCUAUGCAGCCCAGCAGCAGCAACGCACCCGAGAGUGGGUGGCCAACCACUCCCAGCCCUCCCCAGGCAUUGUUGCAGGAAGGACACAGCAAAGUCCCAGCCGUUUUUGGUCUGUGCUGCCUGAGAACUUCCUCACGCUGCCCUAUGGUUGGGGGGACCCAGCCUCAGAGAGGCUGCCGCCUUCUCUCCCUGCUUCCCCUCCUCCCUUAACUGCUGGGUCUUCAGUUUUUCGGAGCAUCCGUUGUCAACUAGACCUCCAGGAUCUGGAGAACUUUGUGGAGGAGGAUAGCCAUGACAGUGAGGAGAGUACCAGUGGACCAAGGGAGUCUCCAGGGGAAUUGGAGGAAGCCCCAAAGGUUUCCUUAGAAAACAGAGCCCAGGAAAAACUCAGGACCCCAGCUGGGCAUUUUAUUAAAUCUCAGCAGGAAAAUCUUCCUCUCAAUAAAUCCCAGGGACCCAUAUUUAGAAGUGGUUACUCCCUUCCAUAUAUCCCACCAAGCGUUAAUGGUCCUGUUGUAAUGUCAGCCAAAAUACCCAGGGAGUCUUCUAGCCUGCCUCAAGACCCCAUGCCCUGGCCAACUGUCAGGUUAAAGAGAUCUCUGAGGAGAAGUUCCAAGGCAGGGAGGGCCAAAAUAUCCUCUUCUGAUGAGGAGUUGCUGGAUGAAGACUUAGUAAAGAGGAACCGUCGGCCACCACGAUCCAGAAAGUUGUCUAGGGCAGGAGAUGUGCCCUGUCCAAAGGUGGAUACCCCUUUGACCCAGAAGCCAGCAAUUCACAAGGCUUCAUCAGAGCAAAGACUGGCAGAUAGCAUUUGGGUUCCCCCUGGGGAUGUGUCUUCUGUCUUAGUUUCUCUCAGACCUUCUGUGCACAAGUCCUCUUUAGUGCCCCUGGACUCCCGGGAGCAUGAAUGGAUUGUGACACUAGCCAGUGGCUCAUGGGGACAGGUACUAACUCUGUUUUGGGAAGACCCCCAGCUGGCUCUUCGAAAAGACUUUUUGACUGGAUAUACUGCAUUGCACUGGAUUGCCAAACAUGGGGCUCUCCAGGCCCUUCAGGCAUUGGUCAAAGGGGCCAAAAAGACAGGGAUCGUCCUUGAUGUGAAUGUGAGGUCCAGCUGUGGAUAUACCCCACUGCACCUUGCUGCCCUCCACGGGCACCAGGAUAUCAUCAAACUUUUGGUACAGAAGCUGGAGUCUCGAGUGAAUAUACGAGACAGUAGUGGGAAGAAGCCCUGGCAGUAUUUGACUAGCAGUACCACUGGGGAGAUAUGGCAGCUUCUUGGCGCCCCUAGGGGGAAGCCCAUUUUCCCAGUUCAUUCCUUAGUUAAAAGUUCUUCCCCCACCAGGAAGGCCAAGAGCCAUAAUGUAUCAAGGCACAUAAGCAGAAAGACCUCCCUUGCUGCAUUACUCAAAAGUCAACACAACAGAUGGAAAACAGCCCACCAGUAUGACAAAUUCCAAACAUUAGGGGAGAAAGAUGAAUAUAGUGAGUGAAGUGUCCCUCACUCAAACGUGCAGAGACAUUUUGAUCUGGAGUCACCCUCUGAACAAACUCCACACUCUGCCAAGAUCAGUCACUUCUGGCUUAAAGGACUUGAGAUGAAUUGCUGGGGUGCUGGGUAGGUCAAUGAGAAGAAUUAGCUUAUUUAGCAGGUACCUGUCUCUAGACUUGUGUUAGUAGCUGUGCCAGAAGUUGCUAGUGUUGGAGGUUCUGCUUUCUUAAGCAUGAAUGGAAGACCUGGGGCCAAGAUAGAAGUCUGGAACUCAGCACAGACUCUCCUUUGUGACCAUGGAUCAAAGUGUCAGGCUCUUGAGCAGAUGCCCCAACAGGAGAGCCAAUAAGGCACUCAGGGUUUCGAGACUUCCACUGUGACUCAGCAUCUUUUGUUGAGUGCCCUUUAGUCUUUACAAUAAAUCUUUCCCAAGAGUAUUGGGAAGGCACAGAAAAUACCAUAUUUCAAAUAUCAGCAUUGGCCUUUAUUUUGUGUAGUUCAGUAAAAAUCCAAUAUGGAAAAAAGGAAGUAGGUCCAAAGUCCCUCCACCUCCAACCCUUAGAAUUUUGUUCUUUCUGCAACUCCAGGUGGUGGAUAUAGGAGGAUUUUGUUGACUCUUUGGAGAAUCAUUUCUCUGACCCUUUUUGUAUCAUGUACCCCCUCCCCCCUCACAUUGACAUUCUGGUGUAGCCUGUGGACCUCUUCUUGGAAUAAUAUUUUUAAAUAAUUGAGGAAAAGCUGAAUUUUAGAGGUUAAUGAAAAUAAAGUUGUAUUUUUUUUUCCCUUCCAAGUUCACAGACUCCCUGAAGUAUAUCUACAGGCCUUCCUUGAGGAUUCAUAGACCACCACCUCCCCUUUUGGAUUAAGUGGGUAGGAUGGCUGAUUAUGUAGUUGAAAGAGAUCUAAUCAUGAUCUCCUACUCCAAAAUGCUCCCCCACCCCCCACCCUCCCACAAUGCAUCAAGCUUGAAUGGCCAACCUCAAAGUUCCUGAUUACAAUGGAUACUGAAUAAUUGAGAGUUAAAGGAAGAAUGUUGCCUUAUCCACAUGGAGGGAAAGUGAAAUGCAACUUCUGGAGCUGCUAGCAAGAAAAUUAAUUUGCACUAAAUAUGUGUCCGGUGAAGAUUGUUUUGAUGGAAGCACAUCAUAUCAGAUCUAUUCUAGGAAAUAAUAGUCAGUCCAUGUACCUUAUAAUGGGACAGAAAAACUUCAGGCCAUAAAUGGAAAGAAUGAAUAGAAAUAUAAUUCUAUGCAAAAAAAAAUCAAACAAUUCUAAAUGAAUGGCAGAGGGGAAUGUUAAUUUUAUUCUGCAGUCUUUUAAUGGACAGUGGCAAUAAAGCAAUAUUUU